AUGAGGAUCAUUAGUGAUCGUCUAAAGGAUGGCAGAACAUACAACACACCCGAAGCAUCUGAAGUUGCAGCUUUAGUUCCUGGAGAUUUUAAUCUGGAUAUGGAUAAAAGGGAUAUAGUACUUCAGAGACAUUGUGGAAAACUUCUGAGAAUUAAUGAGAUACAUCCCUCCUAUUUGGCACUGCAGUAUCCUCUAUUAUUUACACAUGGAGAAGAUGGAUUUAGGCUUGGUAUAAAGAAAGGAGUAACAGAAGCUACUAAGAAGAUGAAGAAGCAGACAAUUAGUAUGAGACAGUUUUUUGCUUUUCGCGUCAAAGAACGUAGGAAUGAGUCACACACUCUCUUGUAUGGUAGGCGACUGUUUCAGCAAUUUGUGGUGGACGCCUUCACAACCAUUGAGUCUAACCGUCUACGAUAUCUCAAGUUCAAUCAGUCUACUUUGCGAUCUGAUAGUUAUGACUCUAUCAAACAGUCAGAGAGUAAAGGAAAAAUCGAUAUGCAUGACCAAGACAGAAUUUGUUUGCCAGCUUCUUUCACUGGUGGUCCACGAUAUAUGAAGAAUAAUUAUUUGGAUGCUAUGGCUAUUUGUAAGCAUUUUGGAUUUCCAGAUCUGUUCAUCACUUACACAUGCAAUCCAAAAUGGCCAGAGAUCACCAGGUUUCUAGAGAAAAGAAAAUUGAAGGCAGAGGAUAGAUCAGACAUUGUUUCUAGGAUCUUCAAAAUGAAACUUGAAUCAUUGAUGGAUGAUUUAACAAAAAAACAAAUUCUUGGGAAGGUUUCUUCGUCAAUGUACACCAUUGAGUUUCAGAAGCGUGGUCUCCCACAUGCACAUAUUUUGCUAUUCCUGGAUCCAGCAUGCAAGCUUCCGACAACAGAUGACAUUGAUAAGAUAAUAUCUGCGGAAAUCCCUAAUAAAGACGAAGAACCAGAGUUGUAUGAAGUUAUUAAGGAUAUGAUGAUGCAUGGUCCUUGUGGAACAGCUAAUAUGAAUUCACCGUGCAUGGAGAAUGGACUAUGUUCAAAGUUAUAUCCCAAAGCAUAUGCUGCGAAGACAACAGUUAAUAAAGAAGGAUUUCCUAUUUAUAGAAGACGUGAGCAGACUGAAAAUUUUGUCAUGAAGAAUGGGAUGAGAUGUGACAAUCGAUGGGUAAUUCCUUACAAUAAGAAACUGUCUCUUCGUUACCGAGCUCAUAUCAAUGUAGAAUGGUGCAACCAAGCUGGUUCUAUUAAGUACUUAUUUAAGUACAUUAAUAAAGGACAGGAUCGUGUCACAGUGGCUGUCGAACCACCUGAACAUGUAGUUACAAACCAGAUGGAAACUGCUGGAUUAAAUGCAGAAAAAAAAAAUGAAUUUAAAGACUUCUUCGACUGCAGAUAUGUUUCAGUAUGUGAAGCUGGUUGGAGAAUUUUUGAGUUUCCAAUUCACUAUCGAUCUACAGCAGUUGAGAAGCUUAUUUUUCAUCUACCUGGUAAACAGCAUGUUAUUUUCAAAGGAAAAGAUAAGAUGGAAGCUGUAGUGAAACGGAAACUCAUUCAGAAUACUAUGUUCUUAGCAUGGUUUGAGCUGUGUAAAAUUGAUGCUUUCGCUAGAACUCUCCUCUAUGCCCAAAUUCCCAACUACUAUACCUACGACAAGAAGCAGAAGAAGUUCAAUAAGCGUAAAAGAGGAUUUGCUAUUGGUAGGAUAAAUUAUGCUCCCCGUCACUUGGAAGAUGCUUAUUAUUUGCGCGUGUUGUUGAACGUUGUCAGAGGGCCUACCGGUUAUGAAUGCUUUAAAACCUUUGAUGGUGUUCUCUAUCCUGAAUACAGAGAUGCAUGUUUUGCUCGUGGGUUAUUAGAUGAUGAUGAAGAGUACAUCAACGAUAUAGUGAGGAGAAGUUUUGAAAGCUCCGGAAAUGAUCUCCGACAUGUGUUUGUUAUGAUGUUGCUUAGUAAUACUUUAUCUAUGCCAGAAACCGUUUGGGAAAACACAUGGCAGUAUUUGUCUGAAGAUAUGGAGCAUAAUCGUCGGAUAUUUUUCAACAGACCAGUUCUUUUUUUUUUUGAAGAUCUUUUGUUAAGUGAUGAGGAGAAAAAGAUGUUUGCUUUACAAGAGAUUCAGAAGCAUUUGAGGCGAAAUGGGUCUUCUCUAUCAAAAUUUACUUCAAUGCCACAACUUCCUCCUACAGACAAUAGUGCUUCCAAUGUUCUGAUAUUAGAUGAGCGGAGUUAUGAUCGGCAAGCACUGCUAGAAACCCUUGAUAGAGACGUUCAGAAGAUGACGGCUGAACAGAAGAAAAUUUUUGAUGAAAUAUUGGCUGCUGUUAAUGAAGGACGAGGGGGUAUGUUCUUUGUUUACGGAUUUGGUGGUACCGGGAAAACAUUUCUCUGGAAAUUAAUAUCUGCAGCUAUUCGCUGUAAAGGAGAUAUUGUUCUUAAUGUUGCAUCAAGUGGAAUCGCCUCUUUGUUAUUACAAGGUGGAAGGACAGCUCACUCAAGAUUUGGCAUACCACUUAGCCCUGAUGAAUUUUCUUCGUGUACUAUGGCUUCUGGAUCAGAUCAAGCUAAUUUGGUAAAAGAAGCAUCACUCAUUAUAUGGGAUGAGGCACCUAUGAUGAGCAAACAUUGUUUUGAAGCUCUAGAUAGAAGCAUGUCUGAUAUUAUGGGGAAGCAUAGAAAGAAACCAUUUGGUGGGAAGGUUGUAGUGUUUGGAGGUGAUUUUCGACAGAUUCUACCUGUAAUUAAUGGAGCUUGUAGAGCUGAAAUCGUUUUGGCCUCGCUGAAUAAAUCUUAUCUUUGGGAGUACUGUAAAGUCUUUAAACUCACGAAGAACAUGAGGUUAUUGUCCGGUGAUUUGACACCCGAAGAGGCACAGGAACUUAAGGAAUUCUCAGAGUGGAUAUUAAAGGUUGGAGAAGGUAAAAUUUCAGAGCCUAACGAUGGUGAAGCUGAGAUCGAUAUUCCUGAAGAGUUUUUAAUUAGCGAUUCUGAUGAUCCUGUAGAAGCCAUAAGCAAAGCUGUGUAUGGUGAUACUGCUUCGUUACAAGAAAACAAAGAGCCUAAAUUCUUCCAAGAGAGAGCUAUUCUAUGUCCUACUAAUGAAGAUGUGAACAUGAUUAAUCAAUACAUGUUAGAUAAGCUUGAUGGCGAGGAGAAGAUCUACAUAAGUGCAGAUAGUAUUGAUCCAAUGGAUAAAAUUUCACUUAGUGAUGAAGCUCUUGGUCCUGAUUUUCUAAACACUAUUAAGGUGUCUGGAUUGCCAAACCAUAGUCUUAGACUAAAGGUUGGUUGUCCUGUUAUGGUUCUCAGGAAUAUUGCUCCUACAGAAGGAUUAAUGAAUGGAACAAGGCUGCAGAUCACUCAGCUAAUGGAUUUUAUGGUUGAGGCUAGAAUCAUUACUGGAGAAAAAGUUGGGGAGACAGUAUAUAUUCCCAGAUUGUUGAUAACACCAUCAGAUACUAGACUGCCUUUUAAAAUGCGUAGAAGGCAAUUGCCUUUGGCUGUGGCUUUUGCUAUAACUAUAAACAAAAGCCAAGGGCAAUCAUUAUCCCAAGUUGGUAUCUUUCUACCAAGACCGGUGUUUUCACACGGACAGCUAUACGUGGCAAUUUCUAGAGUGACAUCGAAGAAAGGGUUGAAAAUUUUGAUUCUGGAUAAAGAUGGUAAGCCUAAGAAGACAACCAUGAAUGUUGUUUUUAAAGAAAUUUUCAACAAUCUUGAAGAGAAGGAGUGA